AUGGCCUCUCCACUUGAAGACAAGACCAAUGACGGCAUACCAAUACUGCUGCUCAAGACCAAAUCGACACCUGGAGAUGGGUACGAAGAGAUCUUCGCUCAGACACAACAAGGGCCCCACUUUGAGCCUGCUUUCGUUCCCGUUCUGGAGCACAGGUUCGAACAGGAUGGCAUGGGAGAGAUAGAAACAAUGCUUAAAUCGAAAAUGAUAGGCAGACAUUUUGGGGCCGCGUAUGGUGGCCUGGUAUUCACCUCCCAGAGAGCGGUCGAGGCCUUUACCAAGAUCGUGCAAGAUGGACGGGGUGGCGACCGGCAAUGGCCACACCUGUGCGAAGUGCCAGUGUACAGUGUUGGCCCGGCCACAACCAGGGCCCUCAAGGCCGUGCCAUCGGACCCAGCACUGCAGGUGUUUGGAGAGCACACCGGAAAUGGUGACAAUCUGGCCAGAUUCAUCCUGGACCACUACGAUGAUUGGUAUUCAGACCGCCCCGAGGAGAACCCGGCCUUACUGUUCCUUGUGGGGGAGCAAAGGAGAGACAUCAUCCCAAAAACGCUCAUGAACCCUGAACUGCCUGAGGAGAAAAGAAUCAGAGUAGACGAGGUUGUCGUGUACGGCACAGGGGUCAUGGAAUCGUUUGCAGAUGACUUCAAGAAGCGUCUGCUGGAGACAAGGGAGAGGUCCAUGGUCUGGAUUGUGGUCUUCUCUCCAACAGGCUGUGAUGCUAUGCUUCAAGUCCUCGGCCUACUCGACGAGACAACAGGCAAGGCAAAGCCAAAAGAGCCAGGUCGAACAAGGUUUAUCGCUACUAUUGGUCCUACAACUCGGGAUUAUCUAAAGAGGACUUUCGAUUUCGAGCCGGACGUGUGUUCUAAGAAGCCGAGCCCCGAGGGUGUCCUAGAAGGGAUCAAGCAAUUUAUGUCACAAUUGUGACCCU